AUGUACAACUACAAACAAGAAAAAAACAGCCGGGCCACUGCUCUAAUCGGCAAAGAAACUUACGAAGCCAUUAUGGAAAAUGCAGAUAUUUUGGAUUCAGCUAUAGACUACUCUAGAGAUUAUGAGUACACUUAUUUCGGAUUAAAGACGCUCGAAAGAUCGUACCUGCUUAAAAUGUAUGGCAGAGUUAUUGAAAGGCCGCAACAGAUGUUAAUGAGAGUGGCGGUGGGUAUUCAUGGCAGAGAUAUAGAUAGGGUCAUCGAGACAUAUCAAUUAAUGUCGGAAAAAUAUUUCACCCAUGCGUCACCAACACUAUUCAACUCUGGCACGCCUAAUCCUCAAUUAUCGUCCUGCUUCUUGGUAGCUAUGAAAGAGGAUUCCAUAGAAGGCAUUUACGAUACCCUAAAAGACUGCGCUAUGAUCUCAAAAACUGCAGGUGGGAUUGGUCUCCACAUUCAUAAUAUCCGGUCGACGGGUGCUUACAUUGCUGGGAGUAAUGGCAGCUCCAAUGGAAUUGUGCCGAUGCUAAGAGUUUUUAACAAUACUGCCAGGUAUGUAGAUCAGGGUGGUAACAAAAGACCAGGUGCUUUUGCUAUUUACUUGGAACCUUGGCACAGUGAUAUAUUAGAGUUUUUAGAGUUACGAAAAAAUCACGGCAAAGAAGAAUUAAGAGCUCGAGACUUGUUUUAUGCUCUUUGGAUCCCUGAUUUGUUCAUGAAAAAGGUAAGCAACAACCAAGAAUGGUGCUUAUUUUCACCUGAUGAAGCUCCUGGUUUAUCUGACGUCUACGGUGAUGAAUUCGAAACUUUGUACAAAAGAUAUGAAAAAGAAAACAGACAUGUUCGCAAGGUCAGAGCCCAGAAGCUCUGGUUUGCCAUUUUAGAGACUCAAGUCGAGACUGGAACUCCAUUCAUGCUUUACAAAGAUUCCUGUAACAGAAAAUCAAAUCAAAAUAAUCUUGGUACGAUUAAAUCUUCCAAUCUAUGCACGGAGAUUAUCCAGUACUCGUCCAAACAGGAGACCGCUGUGUGUAACCUGGCAUCCGUAGCGUUACCAAGUUUCGUGCGCUACAAGGAAGGUGGUAUAGAUGAUACAGAGGGCCAGGCGUGGUACGACUUUGAGAAGCUUCAUGAGGUGACCAAAGUUAUUGUUCGAAACUUGAAUCAAAUCAUUGAUAUUAACGACUACCCUGUGGAAUCUGCUCGAAGAUCAAAUUUACGACAUAGACCCAUAGCAGUUGGUGUUCAGGGUCUGGCUGAUACUUAUAUGAAAUUGAGAAUGCCAUUUGAUUCUCAUGAUGCCAGAAUAUUGAACAUUCAAAUAUUUGAAACUAUCUACCACGCAGCUGUUGAGACAUCUAUAGAGCUUGCGAGGCAGGAUGGGCCUUACGAAAGCUACACUGGAUCUCUUGCGUCUCAGGGAAAGCUCCAGUUUGAUUUAUGGGAUAAACCAGAAAUAAAUACUGAGAGCCUAUGGGACUGGGAUACGUUGAAGCUAGAUAUGUCCAAAGUAGGAUUGAGAAAUUCUCUGCUGGUAGCACCAAUGCCCACAGCUUCAACAUCGCAAAUUCUUGGUUUUAAUGAAUGCUUUGAACCAAUCACAUCGAAUAUCUAUGCGAGGCGUGUACUUUCUGGUGAAUUCCAAGUUGUCAACGAGUACCUAGUGAAGGACCUUGUGCAACUUAGGCUGUGGAAUAAUGAUAUCAGGAAUAUGAUUAUUAGCGAGGAUGGCUCUAUUCAAAACAUCCCCGAGAUUCCCAAGGAGCUGAAAGAUAUAUAUAAGACUGCCUGGGAAUUGAGCCAAAAGGUUAUUAUUGACAUGGCAGCUGACCGUGGCCGUUAUAUUGAUCAGUCUCAGAGUAUGAAUAUUUUCAUGAAAAAUCCUACUGCAGGAAAACUCACGAGUAUGCAUUUUUAUGGCUGGAAGAAGGGGUUAAAAACAGGAAUGUACUAUUUACGAACGAAAGCAGCUUCUGCACCUAUUCAGUUCACCGUGGAUCAAGAAGUGCUAAAGCGAAAGAAAAACCGAAACAAACCAGAGACAGCUUCAGUUAUUUCCACUCUUAAACGUAUUAGAUAUGUAGGCCCGGACCUAGACAACUUGAGAUUAUCAUCCGCUUCUCCAUCAACAGUUUCGCGCUCCCCUUCUCCCCAGUCGCUAGGUUCUUCGCCAUCUCCUUUCCAGCUAUUUCCUAACAAGCCAUUGUAUGCCGUCUCUCCUAAUACAGAAGUGUUCUCCGACAAAGAAGCCAGUGGUAAUGGCACCAUUGGCGAUGAAGAGCCUUUUAUCAGUAAACGCAGGCAUAGUAGCUCGACCUUGGAGUGCGCUUUAGAAGAAGGCGAGGCCUGUGCCAUGUGCGGGGGUUAG